AUGGUGGACGGACUUCUCGCCAGACAUGCAUCGGCAUUCAGCAGCAGUGGCCCGUCUUCGGCAUCAGACUGGAAAUACAUGAAGUAUAGUAUUGAGGGAUUCGUAUACAUGCUGCGGGAUUUUAUGCGCGAUUAUUUUCUUCCCCAUCGGAAUCCUAUGCUGCUGCUGCUGGAAGGAGAGGAAAUGCGUAAGAUGUGGAGCUAUGUAUGGAUGAAUCACCCUGUGAAAUGGGUGGAGAACUAUGACAGAAACUGGAAAGUCUUCACUUACGCACAAGAAAACGACGUAAACACCACUCAGCAUACAAAACGACUUCAGUCGCCACGGAUUUGUUUCUCCAGUAAAUUUCCACACGUUUACAGGAUUCCUUCCAUUUCUUUCAUGAACUGCAGAGUGGCGCCCACCUGUCGCCUCGUGGGCGCCACAGGCUUCGUUCCGUCUCCAGCGAGAUCUGCCUCAGGUUGUUGCCGAGAUGGAGCCGAAGCAGCAGCAGCCGCUUCCAUUGGCCGUCUGUUAAUUUGCGGCCCAGCAGAUGCCACCACUGCACCAGGUGGAGGACCCUUGGGCAUCGGGGCCGUGAGUCGUGGCGGCAUUCCUGGUGGCGGCGGCGGAGGACGCAUCAUCCGCAUCGGACCCAUCGGCCUGUGCGACCCGGGAGGAGGUGGUGGCGGCGGACCUGCCGGCAUUCGCAUUCCCAUCGGCGGUGGCGGCGGCGGACGGGGUUGCAUCGGAUGGUGGUACAUCAUCGGCGGCAUUGCCAUAUGCGGAACUCCAGUCCUACCAUUGGGCGGAGGUCCUGGAGGCGGUGGUGGAGGCGGAGGAACCAUUCUUUUUGAUGGUUCUGCCGGGGUAGGCGCAGUCUCCGUCACGCCAUGGCAAGCAUCUUCUGUUGCACAGACGAGAGAACUUCCGGCCGUUGCUUCUCGUCAUCACGACGUCGUCGACGAUCCUCUUCGUCACUACUCGAAGCUCGAUCUUCGCCUCCAUCUUCGCGCUUCGAACGCCUCGGAUCCCUCGAGUCGUCUUCUUCAAACCGGACUGAACGCUUCCGUUUCCGGUCGUCUCGGUCACGAUCCCGAUCUCUUUCUCUAUCGCGGUCUCUGUCCCUGUCUCGAUCACGGUCUCGUUCUCUGUCCCUGUCACGUUCCCGGCUUCUGCUUCGCGAUCUCGACCGGCUUCGUCGUUUCCUGUCUCGUCUUCGGGAUCGAUCCCCGUCCUCAUCGCGAACUGAACGAAAAUAAAAUUGGAUCAUCUUCCAGCGUAACGCAAGUCACAAAUGAAAACCGAAAACCUGAAAACCAAUUCAACGGAAUGAUUUCCCAUGGGAUUGAAUUACCUCGACUGCGGUUUUUCGAAAAAUCUAUUUCUGCUUCGAAUCCUGGUACAACCACUUCGUCUCUGCCACGCCUUCUGUCAUUCUGUUCCGUUUCUUCGUCGCUCUCGAAGUCACUCAAACUCGGAGGUGGUCCGGGAGGUACACCGGGUUUCUUCAAGAUCCCGGGCACAGCUGAUGACAUCAAAACUCCAGGAGGUGGUGGCGGAAGCGGCGGUUCUCCCGGGGGCCGCAAAUCGAAAUUCCGAGGCGGCAGUGGAAUCUGGGCAGGCAAAGGCAGCGGCAUUUGCUGCAACGGCUGUUGCAGUUGCAUAGGAGGAAGCAUCUGGGACGCCGCCGCUGGGGCAGGUGUCCCAGGGAGUAAGCCUGUCGUCGCCGUGGGCAAAGGAAUCUCGUCGACGGACACUUGCUGCGCCGACAUCACCGACUCGUAG